AUGGAGAGUUCUGAUAAAUUAUUAAAUGAUGAGAGUGAAUCUACUAUCAACACUUCUCAAACCUUGAAUAAUCACAUACUGUCAAAAAAAUUAAAUCAUAAAAAAUCAAAAAAGUCUAGGGUACUUAACAAUUUAAAUAACAAUACUACAACAAAUCAAGCUAAUGAUUCAAGUAGUGAUAUCAAUAAAAGUACGUCGUCAUUAGAAAGAUUAAUAAAUUCAGGUUCAUAUAUUGAUCAUAGAAAAUAUGAUGAUUUAGCACAUUUACAUUCAUCACCUGCAAGAUCAAGACGAAGAUCCAAUGGUAAUGUUUUCAAAAAAGCAAAUAAUAAUAACAAUUACCAAUCUAUACCAUCAAAUGGAGAUUCACAGGAUCUUCAACACCCAAAUGUUCAGCAUGCAUCAACUUCUCCUACUUUACCUUUAACAAAUCGAAAUUUACAACUGUUACUAAGAAAUUCUUCAACUUCAACAAAUAAAGGUUCUGAAUACAAUAACAAUCAAAACCAUGAUUUACGAACUGACAAAACGAAUGGAAAUAUGUCCCCCAACACAAUUGCAGUAGAUAUGGAUCAAUUUACAAAAGAACAAAGUCAAUUUGCAAGAUCACAAUCAUGGCAAAACCCAUUUGAAACAGAAGAUGGUGAAGCUCGUCAUAUAUAUUCGGAUAAAUUCAAUAAUAACCAAAAUCAAGAAGAACAAGAUUCAUAUUCUGUAAAUUCAUUGGAAUUUGGGGAAUCAAACCCAUCUUCAGAUCAUUCAAGUGACUCUACUUCAUUGGAUGAUGUUUGCUAUUAUAAUUAUGAUCGAGAAGAUGAAAAAAGAAACGAAUGGCCGAAUUUAGAGGUUUUGGAAGAAUUCAUAAAGGAGGAAUAUGAAGAAAUUGAAAAAGAACAACAUGAAAAAUCCAUGGACCAUCAUCAUACUGUUAAUUUCGGUAAAGAUGUAAUACAUGAUAAUCAAUCUAAUAAGUAUGCAUCUAAAGUAGGAUCACCAACUUCAACCAAAAUCAAUCCUUCAUCACCUCCAAAAGGAACUUCUCCUACAGAAAAAGAUACUAAAACUGAGAAAUAUGAAGAAGUGCUGGAGCAUGAUAGAGAAAGUUUUGAUGAAAACACACCAUUGGUUGAUAAUUAUAAAGUUAAUGAAUUAGAGUCUCUAGAUCUGUUACAUGAUUCAUUUAGAAUUAGACCAACUCCAACUCAACCAUGGGAAAAAUCAAAAGAUCAAAUACCUACUAUUCUUAAUAGAGGUCCUAGUUAUAGUAAUCAACAAAAUAGUAAUGGAAAAGAUGGUGAAUUAUGUCGAUUUACAUAUUUUAGAGAAGAUUUACCGAAAACAAUACAUUCACCAACAUUAGGAGGACUAAUUAACAAUGAAGAAUCAAAUUUAACAAUAUAUGAAAAAUUAGUUGAAUUAUUUAGACCAAAUUUAAAAAUAUCUGGUGCACCAUCGACUAGUUCACAUUCGCAUCAACACAAAAAGCAAGAAUCAUUGAGCUCAAGUAACUUACAAGCUUUGAAAAAUACAAGAGCAGGUAAUGAAACACCAUUACCUAUGACAUCUGGUGACUCUUAUAUAGCCGAUCCGUUUUGGUUAGAUGUAUUAGAUCCUACUGAAGAAGAAAUGAAAGUUAUAUCAAGAACAUUUGAUAUUCAUCCAUUAACUACUGAAGACAUUUUUUUAGGUGAAGCAAGAGAAAAGGUUGAGUUAUUUAAAUCUUAUUAUUUUAUUUGCUUUACUUCAUUUGAUGUUAUAUAUGAAAGAAGAAAACAAAGAGCAAAAGAACAAGAAAAAAAAUUCAAUAAAUUACAAGAAAUGUAUGAUAAUUUUUCAGAUAAUGGAAGUAUAUAUGGAAAUUCAGGGGCAACUUUCAAAAAUCAAUUAAAUAGAUUUUUUAAUACAAUUUUCAAAAAAAAUAGAAGAAAACCAUCAGCUUCAGUUCAUGAUAUUCAAAUGUCAACUACUGUUAAAUCAAAAACCAAAAAGAUUAGGGAAGGAGAAUUAUCACCUUUAAAUAUGUAUAUCAUAGUCUUUAAAAAUGCUGUUAUAACAUUUCAUUUUUCACCAACACCACAUCCAAUAAAUGUUAGAAGAAGAGCUAGAAUGUUAAAAGAUUAUUUGACAGUUUCAUCAGAUUGGAUAUGUUAUGCAUUAAUUGAUGACAUUACUGAUUCUUUUGCUCCAAUGAUUGAAUCUAUUGAAGUUGAAGUGAAUCUGAUAGAAGAUGCAAUUUUAAGAAUGCAUUCUGGUGAACAUGAUGAUUCAGAUGAUUCAGAUUCAGAAGAUGAAAAUGAAAGUUAUUAUCAUGCUAGUACUUUUAGACGUCAACAACCUCAUCGUCGAGAAAAACCUGGAAUGCGUCAUAAAAAAUCACAACCAGAUAAUCAUGAGAAUGUUUUCAUUUGGAGGAAAAGAUCAAAAUCAACGGUUGAUCAUAAUAAUAAAGGUUUGUUUACGGUGAAGAAAACAAAAUCAAAAUCUAGUUCAUCUUCUUCAUCGUCUUCAGAAACCGGCUCAUCAAAAAUUUUAGGUUGGAAACGGAAAGGUGAUAUGUUAAGAAGAAUAGGUGAAUGUAGAAAAAGAGUAAUGUCUGUUUUAAGAUUAUUAUCAUCAAAAGCAGAUGUUAUUAAGGGUUUCAGUAAAAGGUUUAACGAUUUAGAUUCAAACAGUUCAAAUGCAAAUUAUCAACAUCAAUCUGAAAUAGCAAUGUAUUUAGGUGAUAUUCAAGAUCAUAUAGUAACAAUGAUUCAAGCUUUAAAUCAUUAUGAAAAAUUAUUAGCAAGAUUUCAUUCAAAUUAUUUAGCUCAAAUUAAUAUUGAUAUGACUAAAGUUAAUAAUGAUACUAAUGAUGUUUUGGGUAAAAUAACAAUUUUAGGUACUAUUGUUUUACCUAUAAAUGUUGUUACUGGUUUAUGGGGAAUGAAUUGUUUAGUUCCAGGUCAAGAUUAUGAUGGAUUAGCUUGGUUUUGGUGUAUUGUUGGAGCAAUGGCUUUAUUUAGUCUUGUUGCUUAUAAUUACGCAAGGAAAGUCACAGGUUUAUAG